AUGGCUCAUCCGGACCAUGAAACCCGAGUUGGGGCGCAUAGUGUAUUUUCUGUUGUGCUAAUGUCAUCUCUGGUUUCCCCUUGGAUGAAGGUAGGAGGACUGCAGGAGGAAAGUCGGGUACCAGAUGUGAAUGUGAAACACUCUCAUAGUCAGUCAUAUAGCUUUAAGUGUGCUCUGACUAAUGGAAAAACAAUAACUUCCUUCCGACUGAGUAGCCAUCAAGUGAGUGUUUUGCUUUCAUCAAUCUGGGUUCAAGCAACAUCUGCAGAAAAUAACCCUGCAAAUUUUGAGGCUAUGGCUCACACUUAUACCAUUGCUUUAUUGUUUAUGCAAUUUAAGACAUCCAGCCACAUGGCCUUAGUUCGGUGUUUUCAGCUUGCUUUUUCACUUCGGUGCAUCUCUUUGGACCAAGAAGUCUAAGAUUGGUUCUAUAAGUUCAGACAUAAAAAUACUCCAAGAGAAGUCAAUGGAUAUGGGUCUGAAGCUGAAGAAUCGCAAGAUAUGGUUUCUACUGGGGAAGUUUUGUGUCCCAGAAGAUUCUGCUGUUAUCUUAAUCUUAAUGGAGGA